UGCUGCCGAAGAAGAGCACCGUGCACUCGCUCGUUAUGAAGCUUUCACUUGUAAAGUAAGUUAUAUUCGCCUACCCCCGGCGGAGGACUUGAGCGCCGCAAAGACGGCUUAACCGACGACUUAGUCGCGUCGGAGACUCACUACCUCGCGAAGCGCGCACGUCUUGGCGUUUUACAGUCAAAAAUUACUUUUCAAAAUUUGCACGCACGCAAUAAGAACCACCCGUUAAGAUGUUCUGUACUUAAAUUUAAAGUAGUCUUAACUUAACUUAAGUGCCGUACAAUAAUUAAUAGUGCAAUAGUGAUUAUUAAUAUUAAAUUAAUAUAAAAUAUAAACACAUUACUGAAAAUGGAUAACAACAGGAUAAGUGCAGUUAUGUUGGCUUUCGUUGUGUUGUGUUGUUGCCUAAGGAUAGUUAGGACUACACCGAGUGAGAAGCAAACACAAGAGUUGAUGAUCCUUGAUGCAUUGGGACGACGCGCACCCACUCUGGGCCACACGGACUCUCAAGGACUGAUCGAGAUGCUUGGUCGAAUGAUACCACAGUCGUGUCGAUUCAAAGGCGUCAAAUACGAAUGUGGUUUGAGCAUCAGUUGCGUGCUGGGAGGAGGCAGACCCUUAGAUCUUUGCUCUGGGGGGAUGAUUUGGGCUUGUUGCGUUGAUCGUGACACGCAAACUACUACCUCACAACAGCACAGCUCGCCUGAUCAAGGGGUGCUAAACAACGCCAUAACAGACACGAUUCAUCUAGUUGGGUAUUAUCCUGGCGGCGGCGGAGGCGGCAAUGGAGACUCCGCGUCGAGUUUCGACGACCACCAGGAGUCAAACAACGUGGACAAACCGCCCUAUCGGCCGUACUAUCACGAUGAUGACCGCCCACUAGUGGACCACGACCAUCAUCAUCACUCGCCGCUCACCAGCCAUAAUCAUUAUCAACGACCCGACAAUACCAAACACAAUUUUAAUUACAUGGGUUGUGGAGAGCUGUACACGAGAAGCAACAGGAUUGUAGGUGGACAUUCCACUGGGUUCGGAUCACAUCCGUGGCAAGCAGCUUUGAUAAAAACAGGAUUCCUAAGCAAAAAGUUGGCAUGCGGCGGAGCGCUGCUGAAUGAAAGAUGGAUCGUCACUGCAGCUCAUUGCGUUGCAACUACAACUAACGGAAACAUCCGAGUACGACUAGGGGAAUGGGACGUACGCGACACGGAAGAGCGUCUCAAUCAUGAAGAGUAUUCCGUGGAGCGUAAAGAAGUCCACCCUUCGUACUCGCCCUCUGACUUUAAAAACGACGUGGCGUUGGUGAAACUCGAUCGCAACGUCCGCUUCAAGCAGCAUAUUAUUCCUGUCUGUCUGCCAUCGCCUCAGUUGAAAUUGUCCGGAAAAAUGGCGACGGUAGCAGGCUGGGGACGAACGCGGCAUGGUCAGGCAACAGUGCCUUCCGUGUUACAAGAAGUAGAUGUUGAGGUAAUACCUAAUGAGAGGUGCCAGAGGUGGUUUAGAGCCGCCGGUAGGCGUGAAACUAUACAUGAUGUGUUCUUAUGCGCAGGAUAUAAAGAGGGUGGACGAGAUUCGUGUCAGGGCGAUUCAGGCGGCCCUCUAACAAUGACAGUAGACGGCCGACGUACCCUCAUUGGACUAGUGUCCUGGGGUAUAGGCUGUGGUCGGGAACACUUGCCUGGUGUGUACACCAACAUUCAGAAAUUCGUGCCUUGGAUUGACACAGUGAUGGAUCGCUAAACUGACAAACAACCACUCAAACCCGCUCAACAAAGCGAAGCGCGAUCAGAAAAUUGAGACGAUAAGAGAAAAGCAAAAAAGAGGAACAUUGCAACUUGUAUGUGCCACACUCGACUAGGUUUUUGCUCAUUUCGUACGCACGAACGAAAGGCAAUACACACAGCUAGACAUAAAUAAAGACGAUGUGCAGAAGUAUCAUAUUCAUGUAGAAACAGAUCGAAAAAUCAUCCAAACGAAACACCAUCAAAUAAAAAAGAACUCAAGAAUGACAUGUCUCAUGAAGACGUGUAUAAUUUAUUAUUUUACGUAUCGAAGAAUGAACUUAUUAGCUUUCUAGGUCUACACAAUCUAAGUAUUUAUGUAUCAUUUAGACGAAAAUUUACGCGUAAGAAUCUAUAUUUGUAAUGUGCAUAAUAAGAUAAGAAAUGAAAUGAUUGUUAGCGUUAAGUAGACAAUUCUAGAUAAAAACAUUAAAUUAAAACUAUUUACCAAAUAAA